GUUUAGGGGUUCGGGUUGCAACAAUGCAACUUCCAUGAACUUGAACAAAAGUCGAGUCCCUUGUUGGCCUCGAAUUCCAUUGGAUCUUGAAAAAAGUCCUCAUCAAGACAACAAGACAAGCACAAAUGCCGUCACCUAAACUCCCAAUCGAGGGGCUUCCGGUAUGGGCACAUCUCAACAACGUCACGCUAGCCAAUGUCAAAAUUGCCAAUAUCGGGGGCAAAGGCUUUGGCGUCGUUUGUGACAGCCAUCUAACGAUAGAAGCGAGUGACGAGACUUUGGAUACGCCCGCCUUGCUCACAGUGCCCCAUGGCCUCGUCCUCAAUGCCGAGGCUAUCCAGGAAUACGCCAAGGAGGACAGAACAUUUAGAGAGCUACUAGAUGCCGUCGGACAUCAGUCGGCACGAGGAGACAUUCUGUUGUUUCUUCUUGUCCAGACCGCUCUGGCUUCCAGGACCGGCCACUCUUCUGCGGGCGUCUUGAACCCCUGGACUGAAUACAUCCAGUUUCUGCCCGAGACGGUGCUGCUGCCAACUCUGUGGACCGAAGAGGAGCGGCUUUUGCUUCGAGGCACUUCCCUCGAGGCAGCCGUGUCGGCCAAGAUCUCGUCACUUGAUUCCGAGUUUGGAUCCAUCUACGAAGCCUCGUCAAACAUCCCUCGCUGGAACGAGGCUCUAUGGGAAUCCGGAGCAGUAUCUUUUCGAGACUGGAUCCUCUUGGACGCCCUCUAUCGGUCUCGCUGUCUGGAGUUGCCCAGAUCCGGAGAGUCCCUGGUGCCUUGUAUUGACAUGGUAAACCACUCAGCCGCUCCAACGGCUUAUUACGACGAAAACGCUAAAGACGAUGUCGCCUUACUUCUUAGACCCGGUACUAGCAUCUCGAAAGGCGACGAGAUAUCCAUCAGCUAUGGUGAUGCCAAGUCUGCUGCAGAGAUGCUUUUCAGCUACGGCUUCAUUGACCCCGACUCGACUGUCGAAAGUCUGGUCCUCCCUCUAGAGCCGCUCCAGGACGAUCCGUUGGCCAAGGCAAAGCUUUUCGCCUUCGGAGAAGCGCCCAAAGUCCAUGUGUCCCGGAGCAAUGGGUCGAUUGUCUGGAGAAGCCCGUUUGCAUAUUUCAUGUGCGUAAACGAAGAGGAUGGGUUGGAAUUCAGGGUUCUCCGCGAGACGCGAGAAAUGAACGUGUUGUGGCAAGGCGAUGAUGUCACGGAUCGGACGGCCGAGUUUCAAACUCUCAUCCAAAGCCAUCCACUCAGCGCCCUGUUCAGGUUGCGCGUUGUCGCAGUUGUUCAAGAGCGCCUGCAAUCUCAACUAGAUCGGGCCCAGCCCGAUGCAGAGCCCGGUACUCCGCCCACCUCGGAGCCCUCCUCAACGACAAGAGAGGCUUGUGUAAAGGCUGCACUACUCCUUCGAAAUAUCGAAAUAAUGAUACUGGAAGACACCAUAGAAGCCUUGGAAGAAGAGAAAACCACACUACUCGCCGAUGAACACGUGGUGGCUUAUCUCGGAUCGAUGGAGACUGCCGGAUCAGAUCUAGUUGAGGAAGAGGCGUCCAAUGAGGAAGACGAUUUCAGCUGAUUUGCAGCAUUCCCUGCCUCCGGAUAUCCUCGGUUUCCCACAGUAUUGGCUGCUUGGCAAAGAGAUCAGAGAAGAGGCGCGUAAGACCUUGCCAAAACAACACCGGGGAUUCAAAGAUAUGGUAUCCAAGAAGUAAGUUUCGUUAUUUGCGCUGGUUUUACUACCAAUUGGACAAUACCAAGUGUGAUCGGCAUACACAAGUCGAGAGUCUGCCAAGCGACAACAUG